UCUCCACAUUGUCCCCUCAAAAAGCCCCUCCUCCUUCGUAUCUAUUACCGCCUCGAGAUACGCUCUGCGCAACCAGAUGUUUACCCAGCCAAGUCAAGCGGCCUGGACCGGGACGAUAACUGCUCCAGCCUCAGGAGCAGCCUUGCCACAAAUCGAGGGCAUUCCCACUCCAGCCCGGUAUUGAACGUAAUUAUCACGGUCACCUAGCAUUCCCAUUUUCAACCCCUUGAACGAAAUGAACGUCUUUCCUGGUACCGCGGGUAUUACGGCGUGGGCCCAGACAGAGCAAGCGGUGCAGAGCGUUGAAGAUGUGAUCGAAGAGCACAUUCUUCCAAAACUGGAUCCCGACUUUCUCGAGUAUUUUACUCAAGUGCGAACCAAAGCAGCAGCUGGGUCGGGGAAAGUUGCCCCCAAACCCCCAUCUAUCCAGGAACUGCGCGCUCAUCCGGAGGCAUUCCGAGUGCCUUGCGCCCUUGACACAAGGGGAUAUCCCGGGGUUACCGACCUCACAUUCCCAUCACAGGACGGCGUCAGCAUCCCUGUUCGGGUAUACCACCCCGACCGAGAGAAGCAUGGCACAGGCCCGUUUCCUGUUCAUUUGAACUUCCAUGGCGGUGGCUUCGUUGUUGGCGGCCUGGAGUCAGAAGCUGCGCACUGUCUGAGCAUGAGAGAAGCAGGGGUUAUUGUUGUCGAUGUUGACUAUCGCCUUUGCCCGGAAAACAUAUGGGGCAAAUGUUUUCAAGAUGCAUGGGAUGCUCUGAACUGGGUUCGCGAGUCUGCAUCGCUGCUCAAUGCCAACCCAGCUUCCGUCUCGGUCGGUGGCAUAUCCGCGGGCGGACAUAUCAGCAUAGUGCUACAGCACAUGGCGCGGGAUGCUGGCAUUCCCUUGAAGUUAUGCAUGGCUACUGCGCCACUAGCAACGAGAGCGCUGAGCUAUACUUACUACACUGAGUCGCCGUUCCCUUCUUUCCACGAGUUCCACCGUGGGCCUGUGCUGCCCUGGGCGCAAAUCAAAUACUAUGGACGCCUUUGCAUGCCACCGGAGAAGCUUCCAGAGCUCAGGAAGCUGUGGCCCAGCUGGUGGCUCGAGCCCCUCGAGGCGCCUAACUGGCGCGGCCUUUGCGACGCCUUCAUUCGGACGGCCGAGCUCGACCCCCUGAGAGAUGAAGGCGAGGCUUACGCGAUGAAACUUGUUGCGGGUGGGAACAAGGUCACUCUCAAGAGAUACUUGGGCUGCCCCCACACAUUCGUGUACAUGGACGCCCUGAAGCGGAAGCACGAGUAUGACCGUGAUUCAAUCGCUGCGUUGAGAGUGGCACACGGUCUCGAUUGACGUGCUUCCCCGAACGGGCAGGAUGGGGAACUUUUAGUUAGCGUUAGCUAAUUCCUACGUAGUAAGGUCUCGGACCAUUCACGGUGCUGUUCUCGAG